GGGGGACCCUCCCUGCGGCCCGUGAGAUCAUCUCACUUUUAAUUAGACCGGAUCCGCCAAUUAGCCGGAGGUCAGACUGUCCCUCGAAGCCCUUUAAAAGCAGCCUGAGUCAAGUCCUUCCCAGUGGCGUUUGACAGAGUCUCAGAGAGGAUGUACAGGAUGACUUCCUCGGUACUUUGUACUGUUAUUUUGCUCUCAUGUGCUUUGAAGCUUGGUGUCUCUCAGACAGUGAGCUGUAAGGGACGGUGUGGCGGGGAAUACUACAGGGGUGAAUCGUGCCAGUGUGACUAUCAGUGCCUGACCUACAGAGAGUGCUGCAAAGACUAUGAAUCCCAAUGCACUACAAAGAACUCAUGUAAAGGCCGCUGCGGAGAAACCUUUAAAAGAGGAAGCCUGUGCAGCUGUGAUGCUGACUGUAUGAAAUACAACCAGUGUUGUUCUGAUUUUGAGACCUUCUGUGCCGCUGAAGACCCAGCUCUGACAACCACAGAGCUGUCUUCCACUUACAGCGAGGGAAACCAAGCAGAUGACUAUAUAUUAUCACAAGACAGUUCAACAUCACAACCAACAACGGAACUUGGCGAUGAUAUGUACAGCAACAUCCUUGAAAACGAUGACUUUUCCAACAAUGACGUCGAGAAUCCAGAGGCGAUUCAUGUCACAGACAGCAGCGACGGUUACGGACUUUUUACAACAGACCUGAUGGCUCAAGUCUCCACUGAACCAACCCAAGGUUCACUUGCUGUGGAGAUUACUUCAGAGACGGUUGCAGAAGCUUCUAAAACAGAGUCGACUCUCUCGGAUGGUACACAACCUUUCACCGUUCAACCCACAACUGCAGAAGUUACAGCUGAGAACACAGAUGCCAGUGACACAGGUAACCCUCAGCCUACAACAGCACCUGUUCUUGAACCUACUUCAACCUCAGGAUCCAAAGUGACGCCAACAAAGCUCACCAUCACUUCAGAGGGAGAGACAGUAGAGCUGGUGGACAUUCCACUGGAUGAGCCAGAAACCACAAGCAAACCGUUCAGCACGCAGAACUCUGUCACAAUCCUGGAAAACUCUCAGGUCACCACCAGCCCUCCCUCAUCAACGCCAGACUUCACAACGGUUCAAGAGGAAAACACUUCAAACCUCAACACUGACAGCAACUUGGAGGAUGUUACCAACAAUCCUACAUCUUUACCAGCAGAGCCCGAGGAUCCUCACACGCCCGUCUCCCCGGUGGCCUCUGGUAUCCCAACAGACCUCAACUCUGUGACGACCCUCAUCGUUUCAUCUACAGCCGUCUCUCAGGAUGUCACCACAGACAGUGUUACUGCUGUGAAAACCACUGAAGAUCCAGCUGACGCCUCCACAGAACCGAUCAGUCCCCAAAAACCUGAACCCACACCCCAAGACAAACCUGAUCCUACACCCCAAGACAAACCUGAUCCUACACCCCAAGACAAACCUGAUCCUCCACCCCAAGACAAACCUGAUCCUACACCCGAGUCCACACCCCAAGACAAACCUGAUCCUACAGCCCAAGACAAACCUGAUCCUACACCCGAGUCCACACCCCAAGACAAACCUGAUCCUACAGCCCAAGACAAACCUGAUCCUACACCUGAGUCCACACCCCAAGACAAACCUGAUCCUACACCUGAGUCCACACCCCAAGACAAACCUGAUCCCACACCUGAGUCCACACCCCAAGACAAACCUGAUCUUACAACGCAAGACAAACCUGAUCCCAUACCCGAGUCCACACCCCAAGACAAACCUGAGUCCACACCCCAAGACAAACCUGAACUCAAACCUGAGUCCACACCCCAAGACAAACCUGAUCCUACAACCCAAGACAAACCUGAUCCUACAACCCAAGACAAACCUGAUCCUACAACCCAAGACAAACCUGAUCCUACAACGCAAGACAAACCUGAUCCCAUACCCGAGUCCACACCCCAAGACAAACCCGAGUCCACACCCCAAGACAAACCUGAACUCAAACCUGAGUCCACACCCCAAGACAAACCUGAACUCAAACCUGAGCCUAAACCCCAUGACAAGCCCAAUCCAGGGAAGCCACUACCAGCAAAACCCUCCACGAAACCCGUGUCUAAGCCGCAGGGUUCUGCACAAACUGGGAGCACAGAUGACCCAAAAGAAUACCAAUCAGAUGAUAACCAUGACACAAACCUUUGUAGUGGGCGACCGGUCAGUGGAGUCACUACCCUGAGGAACGGGACUAUCGUGGUGUUCAGAGGUCACUACUUCUGGAUUUUGGACAGAAACAGGGUACCAGGUCCUGCCCAAGGCAUCACACAGGUAUGGGGUGUCCCUUCCCCCAUCGACACAGUUUUUACCCGCUGCAACUGCCAGGGCAAAACCUACAUCUUCAAGGGAGGCAGAUACUGGAGAUUUGAAAAUGAUGCUUUGGACCAUGGUUAUCCCAGAGCUGUACAAACCGGUUUUGACGGGCUGCAGGGACACAUCACAGCUGCCCUCUCUGUGCCUCAGUACCAGAGCAGAAGAGAGUCGGUCUACUUCUUCAAGAGAGGAGGAGUUGUUCAAAAAUACUCCUACCAGUUUGGCACCAGUCCAUCAUGUGGCGGAAAAGUUCAGUAUGCUGUUUACACAGUCCGCAACCGCAAAGCUCGUCAAGCAGUGUCUGUGUUAGGACCAACUAUCAACAUCCAGACUUCAUGGAGAGGCUUUCCGUCCACUGUUACAGCUGCUGCAUCAAUCCCCAGCAGCAGUGAACCAGAGGGCUAUAAAUACUAUGUCUUCUCAAGAACUAAAUCCUAUCAAGUGAGGAUGAAUGGUGGACGUCCCUUCGUCUCCAGGCCCACAGCCGGGACUUCCUCUCAGAAUGACAUCUUUAAAUGCCCCCAAAAAGUCUGACUGCAAAACAGCAACUGAUAAAUUGGACCAAAAAAGUAGUCGUUUUGAAUCAGCUUUAUUCUUCAAACAACUUCAGCACAAUUUCGAACAUAAAAAAAAAGUGAAACAAAAACAGUUAAAUGAGAAACAUCACAACACCGAACAAUUGUGAAAUGAUUAACACCUUUCUUGGGGAAUGAGUAUCCAAUGUAGUGGUAAUUUCUUUCUCAAUGAUUCAUCUUGCAAAUCUUCUUCCAUAGAAUCCCCGAGAGGGAAAAGCUUGACCUGUUGAGAUGUAAAGUGUAUCAUUAGAAAAACAGAUGUAAAAAAAUCUAUAUAAUAAUUGUAGAAAAUGUUUCUUAAAGUUAUUGCAUCAGUGUUUUUCAUCAAUAAUAAACUGUAUUACAUCC